AUGGCCCUGUCCUACCUUGUCAACCAGCAAAUUCAUGCAAAACCACAAACAAUUAGGGAUGCAACUGUAGGAGUCUUUGAAACAGUGAUGAGCGAGGAGGAGGGACAGAAAGAAGUCUUACAAGAUGUCUUCAAUUCUACUCAAGCAACAAAAAAAGAGGAAGAACUUACCGCAGAGGAAAGGAGGAAACUGGAAAGAAAAUUAAAAAAAGAGCGCAAGAAGAAGGAAAAACAGCUGAUGAGGGAAGCUGGAAUCUCUACGAAAAAGGCAGAGCCCAAAAAGCAGUCGGGAUCUGAGCUGGCUCUGGCCUAUUUAACCAGCUGGUCUGAAAACCCAGAAGAAUGGAAGUUUCAAAAGACAAGACAAACCUGGCUUCUCUUGCACAUGUAUGAUAAAGAGAAGGUUCCAGACGAGUAUUUCACCAUUUUACUGGAUUAUCUGCAAGGGCUUCAAGGCGGUGCACGAGACAUAACUGUGCAGAAGGCUGAAGCUUUUAUGAAGGAAUUGGACGAUUCCGAUGCAGAAGACCCAAACCUGUUGGAGAAGUGUGAGCGCAUACGACAAGUUCUGCAACUUCUGUCCUGA